AUGUGUCGCCCGCCAGCGGCCGCUUCACUCCUCAUCUUCCUCUGGCUGGUGGAGCGGAGCCACUGCGACGGCAGCAGCCUGCAGGAGAGCAUGGCGGCGCUGCACGCCCGGUUCGCCCUCGGCCUCUACCAGACGCUCACCGAGACGGAGAACGACUCCAACCUGAUCGUGUCUCCCGUGAGCGUCUCCCUGUCCCUGGGGCUGCUGCAGUUCGGCGCCCGGGGCAACACGCUGGCCCAGCUGGAGGGGACGCUGGGGUACAACGUGAACGACGCUCAGGUGCAGGACCUGCUGCUGCACGCCCGCGGCGACGUGAGCAACAGCAGCCAGGGCAUGUGGCUGCAGCAGACCUGCACCUUGUUCGUGCAGAGCGGCGUCCGGCUGCUGACGGAGUUCACGCAGCACGCCGCAGCCUGGGCCAACGCCAGCGUGGUGCGCGCCAACUUCAGCCAGCCGCACCGCGCGCGCAGCCAUCGUCAGCCGGAGAGAUCGGGCCACAGCCAAGACGAGACGUGGCCCCUCCAGUCGGGCGGCAGCAGCGGGGAGCUGUCGGGCUCCGGCGAGGCCCAGGCAGAGGCCCUGUGGUGGGGCCGCCGGCUGCAGAUGGCCCUGGUCAACACGGUGGCCUUCAGGGGCGUGUGGCAGAAGCACUUCCUCUUCACCAACACGCAGAACCUGCCGUUCACCCUCGCCGACGGCAGCGCCAUCAAGGUGCCCAUGAUGUAUCAGGCCACAGAGGUCAGCUUCGGUCAGUUCAGGACGGCGUCCGACCAGCGCUACACGGUGUUGGAGCUGCCGUACCUGGGCCGCUCUCUGAGCCUGAUGGUGGUGCUGCCCAGCGACAGGAAGACGCCGCUGUCCUCGCUCGACUCGCAGCUCAACGCUCGGCAGCUGGAGUCCUGGGACGCCGGCCUGCGCAGAACCAAGAUGGACGUCUUCCUGCCCAGGUUCAGAAUGCAGAACAAGUUCAACCUGAGGGCGGUGCUUCCCGCCAUGGGCAUCAGUGACGCCUUCAACCCGACAGCCGCUGACUUCACAGGAAUAUCAGUGGACGAGGGUCUUUAUGUGUCCGACGCCUUCCAUGAAGUGAGAAUAGAAGUGACAGAAGACGGGACGAAGGCCGCUGCUGCCACAGCCAUGGUGCUACUCAAACGAUCCCGUGCUCCGGUUUUCAAGGCGGACCGGCCGUUCUUGUUCCUGCUGCGACAGAGUAACACAGGUUCCGUCUUAUUCAUGGGCCGAGUGAUGAACCCAGCUGACCAGGCACCCUGAAAUCAUUUACACCCCAGCCCCCUAUUUCACUACCAGUAUUUAUUUGUGGACCAACGGGAGGGUCCGCGGACACUUCAGGAAG